UCUCGAUGGCCAAUCAGCGCAUUCGAAACUCAAUGUAAUCUACUCAAAUGUAGUCUCAUCUUAAGAAUAGUAUUUUCAUGUUUAUGAGAAGACAGAGGUUAUGCGGUAUAAAUCCGUGUGAAAUUUUUGUAUCCUUUAAAGCAUACUUUAAAAAUAAUAAUCAAGAUGACGAUCGGGAAGAACAACAAGAUGUUACAGCAUAUCAACUAUAGAGUCAGAAUUAUCUUGCAAGACUCUAGAACAUUUAUUGGCACUUUUAAGGCUUUUGAUAAGCAUAUGAACCUCAUACUUGGUGACUGUGAAGAAUUCCGUAAAAUUAAGCCAAAGAAUACCAAGCAGCCUGAAAGAGAAGAAAAGCGUGUAUUGGGAUUUGUACUUUUACGUGGCGAGAAUAUAGUAUCACUAACUGUGGAAGGUCCGCCACCUCCUGAAGAAGGAUUGCCUAGAGUACCGAUUCCUGGAGCAGCACCAGGACCAGGCAUGGCUCGUGCCGCAGGCAGAGGUAUGCCAGCAAACGUCGCAGGAGUACCGGCUGGACUUCAAGGUCCUGUCAGGGGCGUUGGAGGACCAUCUCAACAGAUCAUGACGCCUGGCAGCAGAGGCCAAGUUUCGGCACCACCUCAAAUACAUCCUGGUGGUCCACCACGUAUGCCAGUCGGUGGACCGCCACCAGGGAUGAUGGGACCACCUGCUGGAAUGAUGGGUAUGCCACCUGGAAUGCCACCCAUAGGACGUGGUGGUCCUCCGAUGGGACCACCUGGCAUGAGGGGCCCACCUCCUGGAUUGAUGCGUGGUGGUCCUCCUCCUCGUCCAUACUAAUAAAUAUUAAGAUAUCUUAUGACAAUUAGGGACAAUAAAACAUUCUUUAAUAAUA